CAGCUAUGAUCUUUCCAAUAUUCUUAUUCAUUCCAUUCAUGCGCAAUCAGAAAACCCCAGGAAGCUCAGCUCACACACCUUAUGGAUGUCUUGAUUGGAUCAUUCCUCUCGAGCCCGAUAACCUUUCCCAAAACCUGAUCCCUCAAUCUGCCCAUGGGUGCUUAGAAACAGUACAAGAAACACUGGCAGUACCUACUUGGAGAUCAACUCCGCCUGGUAUUCCAAGCUCCUGGACCGGAGCGUGGAUCCCUGAACCCGGAGGCACAGGAAGGGCCGCAAGUCCACCGAAGGGACCGUAUACCCUUCAAGUUUCCCUUCUCCGUAUACACUUGGGGAGAUCACGAUCACGCACCACUGAGCAAAGCAAAUAUCGUCAUCCUACCAUCGACAGCCUGCGAAUCCAAGUUCUUCUUCCAAUGCGUCUGACCGAAAAAGUCGAGGAUGACGUCGCCGCCUUUCCCGUCGGCGAUUUUGAGUGUUUCUGCUGCGAAGUCUUGGGUUUUGUAGUUGAUUCUUCUCGUCAGAGUGUACCCGUGUUGUUCAGCCCGAAGGCUUUGAUCUGUGGUGGGAGUAGUAGGCUUUUUAAAUGAAUAGAUGAGUUGACAUACUUUGUUUGGCAAGAAGCUGGCAUUCGCCGCUUUAUUGUCUUUGAUCAGGAUGACUCUGAUGGUUGCUGAGGAGGUAAGUAGAUGACUACAUACUGUUUCGAGAGGGUUUGUGAGAUUAUGAAGAACUUGGGGAGAAAGCGGCAAAAAUUUAUGAAAUUCCCGAUCGCAUGCAUGACGUCACGCGUCACCCCAUCCCUCCUUGUCUUCAUACCACCACCACCAACAUCGUCUCGUCGUCCUUUUCUCUCGUUAACCCAACCUUGCCCAUGCACAACCUCAAACGCGCGGGCUCCAACCCCGCCGGCCCCGCCCCCACCGCCAAAAAAUCCCGACCCCUGUACGAAACGCCUUUCCCGAACCCGUCCAGCGAUAGCUUAGCGUACAAGCUCCCUUCGAGCGUCCCCAAG